ACUUUUGUCAACUAAUUGGAAUGUCAUUUGUAUUGUUACGAAGGUCUUAUUAUCAGCUUUGUUUUGUGUUUCCUUCAAUACCUAAGUUGUACUCAAAGUGAUUCUCAAAUAUAGUAUCUAAAUCAGUGAGUGUGUUACUUACACGAUGGCCCUGACGAACGUGUUGCUAGUGAGUCAAAUAGCAGGCUAUGUGGUCGGGCUCAUCCUCUCGCUGUGCAUCAUAGUGCCGAUGAGCAUGCAUCUGGAUGAAUUCAAUGGGCAUUGCUUGCUGUUCUCGAGCGGGCACUGGCAGGAGCAGGAUGGUCAGUUGGCGGUGGCGUGGGCCCCUCGUGCGUACUGCAACUAUGUCAUAGUGGUCGGAGUCAUCAUGUUCCUCGUCUGCUCUGUGCAGAUCUACAGGUUAUCAAUGUUCAUGUACAAAGGCAUGGACAGCUCAUUCCUGUCUGCAUUCCUGGAAGCAGUUGGCUGCAUGCUGAUGUGUGGACUGGUGGUGUCUGCUGCCGUCAUGGUUACUCUCGGCUUCAUGACCUGGUGCCAGAAUAUUGUGGAAAGAUUUCCUAGUUGCGAAGACGCGGCAGGUCAGAAUAUAGACAAGGUGGAUAACAUCACUACCAGGGGCUUUUACAUCGAAAUUGGCACCGCACAGUUCGGCACGUGGGCAGCGUUCGCCACGAUGGUGGGUUUAGCAGUAUUCUCGACCAUCAAGGUGUGUCGCUACCACCAGCUGGAGAACAUCCAGGUGUCCAUGUACCGCGAGCGCCAACGCCUGGUGAACGAGAGUGGCUCCCCUGCUGCCCACGACGGACGCUCCACGCCGCCGCUUGACGGACACUAGGCGACUCACAAUGUAUGAUGGAUGGCAAAAACGUUGGAAAGUGGAAAUACCUAUAUGUAUUACACUGGGCUGGUUGCAUCAAAACUAUGAAUCAUGUUUAUUUUCGGCUAAAACACUAUAUGAUAUCGGCAAUUAAAUGUUUUUUAGAUUAUCCAAAUAAUGAAGUGGACAAAUACUAUAAGUAAUUUUUUAAAUAGCAAAAUUGAUAUUUCACUAUUUAUUUAGAUAUUUAAAACAAUUGAGCAAGUAACCUAAUAUUUUUGGUGCAACUGGCUGUGAUUAAAUUAACUGGCUACUUAUAUGCGCACCAGAUAUUCGAACCUUAUUGACUAAAAGAUUUUUGAGGUAUCUUAUUACUAAACUGUAUGGUCUUUUGUAAUGCAACUGUGCGAAGCCAGGAACACGUCCAGAGGCUGAUGGGAGGAAUAGGAACUGAUUGUUAUGUAUAUUAGGUAUUAGGCAAUAUAUACCGUAAGUGAGUAAGACUAAGAGUUAAAUUGUUAUGUGGAAUACAGACAGGGCUAGAUGAAGUAUGGUUUUAGCUUUUUGCUAUUCUCAGUUCACAUUCCAGAAUCUAGGAUAUUCUUAUUAUAUCACAGAAAACAAGGAAAUAAUUGUCUUGUUAACAUUUACAGGAAAUUGUCUAGUUUCCUGCUAACAUCAUCUGCUUAGCACACAUAAAAUAAUAUUGUUAAUAAUUUAUUCUACCCAGAUAUGUUAGUUAAAUCCUUGUUUUAUAAAUGAAUACCCCUAUCGAAGUGAACUUUUACUAAUCAGAACUUGUUAUAUAAAUCCUUGUUUCAGUGUUUUUCAUGUAACAAUAAGACAAAUGAAAUUUUUGUAUAUUAUUAAAUAUAUUUAUGAAAGCCACUGGUUUAUAAUAUAACACAAUUAGUAGCCUAGCAUAAGCAUCAUGGGUCUCUGUCGUAUACAAACUAUACUCAACUUUUAGAAAUUUCCAUUAAAAGAGAAAUCAAUAUUGAGUAUAGAAAAUAAAUAUUUUUUCUGCAUAUUAUGCAACUUGCCAGUAUAGGUGGUUUUCACAUAAAUUAUUUAUAUUUCCUACAUUAAAUAUAUAGCUUCCGCCCGUGUGGUGUGUUAAUAAAAAGUAGCCUAUGUGUUAAUCCAGGGUAUUACCAAACAACCAAAUCGGUCCAGCAGUUUUUGCGUGAAAGAAUAACAAACAUACAUCCAUACAUUCUCACAAACUUUCACAUUUAUAAUAUUAGUAGGACUAGCAUGUUCGAAGCAAAAAAUAUCCCUUACUGUAUGCUUGCAUACCUAGAGCGGUGAUUAUAGACAAACAACCCUUGAUGUUUAUGCUAGGAUGCGUUUAAUAUAGAAAUAUCAUGUUAAUGUGAUAGUAACAUAGAUUUCGGUUGUAAUGUACAAAAUAAUUAUUUUAGAAGUACUAAUGAUCUUUUUAUUAACUACUUUACCAUACAAUCACAAUAUAUCUCUAUUUUCAAUAAUUUGUUCAGAGGGCUUAAAAAUAUUCUAAAUGUAUAUGAUAAAUGGGCUAUCCAAAAUUGAUCCAGUAGUCCCUGAGAUUAACACUUUAAAACAAUCUCUUCAGCUUUAUUAAUAUAGAUACUGAAAUUAAUAUUUUUAUUGUUCAAGUAUUAAUCAUGUUCUCUGAAAAAACAUUAUUUACAGAACAUUUCUCAUUUGUAUAAUAUCUGUUAACAAAUACACGUUUAUUUAUUAUGUUUUUAAAACUAGUUAUUUAAUAUUUGUUUCAAUAAUGUAAGUAAUUGCUAUUAUAAGCGUUACUAUAAGAGAAA